AUGACCGAAUUAUCCACGAUUUCCGAUCUCUGGGCGUGGCUUCGACUACAAGUUAACGCAUUUACGCAGCUGAAUGCCACACGUUUGGCCGCAGAUGUACGUGAACAUGUUGAGGAGCAGAAUCCUUACGCAGUAGGUGGUGUGGCUACACUCGUAGCAGUCGCACUCGCUCUCGGUGUAUUGUUCCUAUGGGUGGCAUCACGUCAGAUUCGGCCACGCAAAACACCGUUAAAUAGCAUCAAGCGACCACCAUCGCCCACAUCAAAGCGACUGCGCCAUAAUUCUAGACAUUCGAAAUCUCUCUCUGAUUUAGUAGAAGCUGAACGCAUGCGUAUCCAAGAGACAAAUUUCUUCGAAGUUGACGAUCACAUAACAUUUCCACAAAAAGUACGGCAAAAGUGUGGGCCUGAAAAUCUGAAAUUCAUUUACGAUACACUUUCCAAGGUAUUUUCUUUUUUACGUGGUGAAUUUGUCGAACCUCUUGCACGAGAACUUAAGAUUAUACACUUGAAUAAAGGCGAAAGUAUUUUUAACGAAGGCGAGUUAGAUGGAUCGAUUUGGAUUAUUGUAAAUGGCUCGGCAACGUUAACAAUUCAUGGUGAAAAGCAAGAUCAGAGGUUUCCAAAGGUAUUAACACGAGGUGAUACCUUGACAUCAUCCUUGCCUUUAUUGACUAUUCUAGUUAAUGAGUUACAACAGGGCAAGUGUGUAGCACCAAUGCGAAAAGUUUGUAGUAAUUUAUCUGCACGGGCUGAAGAAGAGAAUACACGACUUAUUAAAAUUCCAAUAAAAGCAAUUCAGCACGUGCUCACGAAGUAUCCAGAAGCAUUCUUUCGUUUAGCUCAGGCAGCUUUGAGUCAAGUGGAGAAGAUCACGAGUAAAUCGUUAAUUGAUCACUUUGGACUGUCGUCGAAGAUUAUUCAAGUGGUUCCACUUGUCUCUCCCGAGAAAUUACAACACUUUGGGACUACGACGCCAGACAUUGGUAUUGAUUGUAUUGCAGAUGCUAUUGGAUUACACGACCCGGACUUACGAUCGAAGCUGGCAAGUAGUGUGAAGGUGAUUAAGCGCUCAGCCAAGCAGACACUGCGAGAGUCAAACCAAGAAAUCAGUGCACUGGGCGUGUUUGUUGUGAUUAAUGGAUCGGUGAGUGUUCAAGUUGCUACUGAACCACAAGAAUAUACCGAGCUUUACCAGGGCACAAUAGGGUGUCAAAUCGGGCUUUCAACGUCUUUUGUGGGCUUACAUUACCAUGCAACACGUAAUGUAUGUCUGGAAGAUACGACUCUGUUAUGGAUCCCUGACAACCUUAUUUCUAAACUCUUACCACUUCAUUCUGUUGCUGUCCGUUGCACUAGUCACUUAUUGGAACAGUACUCCGAUCUUGUGUGUAUGGCAGACACGUCAUUCGAUUGGCUGCAUUUGCACAGUGGUGAGAGUCUUUUUGAACGUGGAGAUCGAUGUGACUCUGUAUUUACAGUCAUUAGUGGUCGAUUACGUGCAGUGCAAGUGCAUUCACAUCGUGGCAAGGAAGUUGAGACUACAAACGAAUUUGUGCGAGGUGCGACAUUAGGUGCGAUGGAUAUGCUUGCAACUGGUGCGAGUAAUUCGUCGGUCUUUGCCAUUCGAGACUCACAGAUCGCGCAAAUGUCACGAAAUGUCUUUGAUUGGGUUGUGAGCAAAUAUCCGUCAGUAUUAAUUCAUUUUACCAAAAAUCUCGCUCGUCGAUUGCCAACUUCUCGUGUGGACGCAUUGAAGGUCGACGCGAGUGGUGGCAAGUCACGUAGUAACUAUCUCUUAUCGCUUGGCUCGAACUCGACGACAAUAUAUGGACAAAAGACUCGCAGCAGCCUGCCUCUUGGCACUGUGGCUGUGCUCUCACUUACGAAAAUGACCAAAAUCCAAACGUUUUGUUCGUACUUGGAACAAUCUUUGAAAACUUUUGCUGCAGUUGAAACUAUUUCGUCACAAAAAGCAAAGGCAUUUCUUGGUGAUCAAUGGAUUAGUGGCUCGCGUGUUGCACGCGCAAAUUUGACGGCUUGGAUGGGCGAUAUGGAAAGUAUGAAUGAAUUAGUGAUUUACGAAGCUGAUCCACACUUAACGGCGUGGACGAAGCUAUGUUUGCGACAAGCAGAUCACAUUCUACUACUCUGUUCCGACACACAACCUCAACAGGCAUUUGUUAGCGACAUGGUUUCAAUUUUAGAAGAUGCAUGGGACAAACGAGACGCUGAAAUCAACGUGGUGCGUAUUCGUGAACAAGACUGGACGCUGACGGCACUCGAAGCCGCUGCAAAACUAGAAGUUAAAGGGUCAUCUCGUUCAUAUGCUUUGAAAAAAAGACUUCGUUUGCAGAUGGACGGACCACUUUUGCCACGAUUUAUUCUUCCAAUGGAAAAGUAUGAGUGGAUCAGUGGCUUUCACAAUGUUCAAGUCCCGUUCGAAGAACAUCAUGCAGAUUUUAUGCGUUUAAGCCGUCGUAUCACCGGCAAUGCAGUUGGUCUUGUACUAGGUGGUGGUGGUGCAAGAGGACUGGCCCAUAUCGGUGUUCUGCGUGCACUUCAAGAGUGUGGUAUUCACGUUGAUGUCGUUGGCGGGACGAGCAUCGGUGCAUUCAUUGGUGGGAUCUACGCCAUGCAUCCAGACAAUCUGGAUCUUGUAGAAGUAAAGGUGCGACAGCUGUCCACACGUCUAAGCAGUAAUUAUGAAAAGCUACGAGAUUUGACCCUGCCGGUUGCCUCUUUCUUCAAUGGCACACGCUUUAAUCAAAGCAUCCGAGCACUUUUCUAUGACUUGUCAAUCGAAGAUCUCAUGCUUAAUUUUUUCUGUGUAUCGACGGAUAUUGCAAAGUCGCGAAUGAGCAUACACCGUAGUGGACCUGUGUGGAAAUAUGUGCGCGCGUCUAUGAGUCUGCAAGGCUACUUUCCACCAAUAUCGGAAAAUGGAUCGUUGUUAGUCGAUGGCGGAUACAUGAACAAUCUUCCGGCGGAUGUCAUGAAGGAAGAAAGUGGGAUUAAGUACAUUUUCGCGGUCGAUGUCGCGAGUGAGUCGCUUACAAACUUCUACACUUACGGUAGCACACUAUCAGGAUGGUGGGUACUAUGGAAUAAAUUGAACCCAUUUGCUAAGACAGUGGCGGUUCCUUCAAUGGGCGACGUGUCCGCAGCGCUGGCUUAUGUCUCUUCGGAACAGCAUAAAGAUCGAAUCAAGGAAGAGUGCGUGGAUUUGUACUUGCGUCCUCCUGUUAAAGACUAUGGGACACUAGAGUUUAACAAGAUGGAAGAAAUCAUUGAUGUCGGGUAUAAGUACGCUUUACCUCGUAUAAAAGCGUGGAUGGCCCGAGUUCUUAACGCAGAGCCUGAUGCUGACAUCAAGCGGACAUCACCCUUUGAGUUGCCAGCUAAGCUGUGUACGGAAAAGCUUGCAAAAGAGUAG